AACUUUUCCAGUGUUUUAGCUCCCUUUGGAAACACCCCGCAUCAUAUAUGUGGUUUUAAAAUAUAGUAUUUUAUAAAAGUGGAUAAAAAUUGAAGAAGAGAGGGGAUUGAUCAGUUUUGAGAUGAAUUCGAGGAAGUGGGAGCCGAGAGGCGCCUUUUCUGAGCUCAUGUUGUCGAGCUAAGAACAGUAGUCCCACUGCUCUGCCCAUAAACUAAAAUAACACCAGAAACCAGCGCGCUGGCUGUAACAGCUCCGUUUACACAGCAUGGCCACUAAAAAGAAGCGAACUCCCAACGCAGAAAGUGACAGCUGGGUUGUCAUCGCUGCAGACUCCGUCAUCGACACACAGAAGCAUGACAGUGAUCCAGCUUUUGUGCGACUGAGGAAUCCAGCAACAGAUGAAGCGUCCCUGUACCUGCUGGGCAGUGGCGAUGUGCAGCUCUAUGAGGUCAAAGCGUUCCAGGAGGAUUUCCGCUCCUGGUUUAUUGGCCAGGCCGUGCAGAGAGAUGGGAAACUCCUCUUUGUAACACCGAUGGAUCCUCUCUAUUUAAUUCUGCCCUAUUUGAUCAAAUCUGGUAAAGAGGGAAAGUUUCAGCCUGUGGAGCAGCUCGUCGUGGACGAGGAGUUCCCAGCAUGCUCCAGGCUGCUCAGCUGCACGCGGUCGCUGGCCUCCCUGCACCACGUCACCGAGGAGAAAGAGGUGGGAGGCAGGAAGUUCCAUCGAUACAGUGAAGAGAAGACCAUGAGCUGGUUGAAGAAGAAGGUGGAGAGAACGGUUGCUGCUCUCAGGAUGAGGAAUGUGUGUGUGGGGGAAGGAGUGACGUCUGCGACGUAUGUCAGAGUGAAGCCGGAGUCGGACGGCCGUGAAGAGGACUUCCUGCGCUACGCUCACGGCCUCCUGUCCGAGUACAUCAGCGAGCAGCUCAGCAAAGCCCUGCUCACACACCUGGGGUUACCGGAGCCCAGCAGUCCGAAGGAGGCGGAGCCGCCCUCCAAGAAGCGGAAACUUUCAGACAAGCCGGUGGAGGCCGGAGAGGACUACACCAAAUUCAACAGUGCAGACUUUGCACGUAAACCGCCCAAGAAGAUGACGACAGCUCAGAAGAGUCUGGCCAAGGUGGACAAAACCGGCAUGAAGCCAAUGUCGUCCUUCUUCAGCCCCAAGGUCAAAGCAGAGAAGAAGUGAACGCCGUUACUGAUUUGUAGUGUCCCACGUUUGUAAUAAAGACCAGAAAACCAGACCGGCUUUUCAUUUCUAACAGUUU